AUGGAAAGCACGUCCGAGGGGUCACUAGGCGACCCCUCCAUCACAGCGAGUGGUGAAGGAGUAAAAAGCGGCGUACCUGAGAGAUUGGAUAAUACGAACCCUAGUGAGGCUUUGAUAGCUGCAGAUAUUGAAAGAGACACGAGACACCGAAAAGGAGAGGCUCUACCAAAUUAUCGCUGA